UGAACAGCAUAUUUAUCGUGAGCAGUGUAGGCAUCCUUCAUUUUAGUACACCCAUGCAACGAUUUUAGCUGUUCAACCUCCUCAUCAGCUGUUUCACUCACUCCAGCACUCCAAUUCCACGUGUCGCCAACCAAAACAGUCCAACUUUGCUCCAAGCAGUCCUUCAUCGUCCUUCCAUCGCAAAGCUUCCAUCAACCAUUCCUGGGGAAAAUUCCCAAUCGUUUGGGAAAGCUUUUCCAACCGCAUUCGGUUUGUUUUCAUCGCUCGCCUCUCUCAAUCCACGUGUACCCGAGGGCUAAUCGGCUCUCAUUAGAAGCUCGUUCUCUCCGAGAAACAAUUGCCGCCCUCACAAACGAAUGGCGUGGAAAUUCCUGAAGGGACGCGAACCGAAUGCCGAAGACUUCGGUGGAGUCCCGCCGAAAUUGGAAUCCCCGUUCGAUUCGCGUGCCGUCGAAGGAUGUCGAAUCAGUUUAUCCAAGUCCGCCGUUGGAGCGAGAAGUUUUCCUGGAUUCCCCGCGGUAAUGCGAUGUCGUUUGCUGCAGAUCCGUUCUGCUGCUGUUGCCACUACUAGUGGGUAGUGUGUAUCCAUCCGUGUUGCGAUUUCCACUGAACAUAGUUUCGGUGAGUGUGUGUGUUUUCUGAAAGCAGGUGUAAGCGCCCCAGUGCAAGUGGUGCAGUCAAACGACGCUAAUAAAGAUUAAACUUCACCCGCAAGUAUAAUGAGAAAGUCCCGAAUAAAGAAAAUUCGCAUAAAAUGAGACGACGGUGCAACGGGCAAGGCGCUCUGGUUGGCCUCGCUGCCUCCAGAGUGCGCCGAAGAAGAGGAAAUUACAGUGUACGAAGAAUUGGGAAAGUGACGCAACCACAGCCAAGAUUGGAAUCGGUGGCACCUGUAUGGACGGUGCCAGUCAUCGAAACGAAUUUCCCCGCCGACCACCCUCAAGGUGGAACCUCGAUUAACGACUACUGGAAAGGAGGGCCGAAAUUUAGUGCUCUGCUUCUGGUGGCUGCUGCCGCCGGAUGUUGCUGUUUUGGGGUUAUGGGCCCAGUUGUAGUGAGGGCUAGUGAGUUUCCCGAGCGGGAAUGUUGUGAUCCCGUUUAUCCACCGUUGCCGGAUCCGGAACCGAUUCCGCCGGGAGGAGCUGUCAUGCCGACUACCACCAUCUCGACCAGUUCCUCCGGUAUGGGUAUGGGGGGUGCGGGAAUGGGUGGUGGCCUGGGGAGUCUACCCGGUGGAAUUGAAGGAGCAGAAGGAAUCGUCGUGGGAGCACCUGGAGGAAUUAGCCACGUGGGAGUGUCGAAGAACACAAUUGGUUAUUCGGGACCGAACAUUAAGACUGCAAUAGCUAUAUUAAAUUGUAUAUUAGCGAGACAACUAUGUUUCGAGGAUCCAUCAUGUUCCGCCAUCCUAGAGAUCAUCCCACGAGUGUGCGGGCCAGUCCCUGUGGCCUGCAGUACGGUGACUGUGACCAAAUGUCAGGCAGCCCUGCGGACUCUGCAGGCGUUUCCGUUUUUUCGACCGACAUGCCUGUGCAAGGAGCCCGGAAUCGAUCCGGACUGUAACUACUUUCGGGACUUCCUGUUCGAUCAUCCGUGCGGUUUCGUGUCCAAGAAAGAAAAAGAUCCAUACCCAGUGGACGCACUCCCCACGUGCAAUCAUGCACUUUCCGUCUGUCAGCAGGAGCGAAAGUGCAUCAAACUGUUCGAAGAUUUCAAACUGCACUGCAAAGUGCGGGAAAACAAGUGCCGGAUGGAAGAUAGGGAAUUGUGCUACGAAGCAUGGACUAAUCUCCGAUUAUCGCCGAUGUUCGGAUGUAUUUGUCCGAAUAACCACAUGAAGCGCAGAUGUGAUAAAAUAUUUAGCGUUGUUAACCAUAAUCCCUGCGUUGUGCGAGCGAUGGGCAUGGACGAUAACUAUCAUCGCUUGCUGGACCAGAACAUGGCACUGAUCGAGACUCCGCUGGUGGCGCCUGCCCAUGCCUACUUUCCGCAGCACUUCAAGACGGCCCUCUAUCCGUACAACAUUUCGGGCUACCAUCGGCAACAUCAGCAUGGCCUUCAUGGUGGCCACUUUGGGUCACCGCAUGGCAACGGAAACGGGCAUGGCCAUAAUGGCGGCAUGGAAUACGGGUACCAUCUCGAAGCCUCGGUAGCGCCCGCAGUUGGCAACAUCCUGAUCAGUAUGGACGGAGAAGAUGAUGGGGCCGAUGCGGCUAUCGAGAACGGAAAAUUUUACGACAACGCGGUGGAAAGACACAUCGGAUCGGAUGAUAUAGAGGAGAAGGAAGCAGAGAUGAGUUUCAUCCAUUUCCAGAGCACUUGCCACCUGGCCAUGGACUCAUGCCGGUCGGAUCCAUCAUGCUACACGGCCUUCAAGACGGUUAUGAUGCAUUGUGACCUGCAUCGGUGCAAUCGGAACGCCUGCAUGAAUUCUCUCCAAAGUUUCUACAAGGGCAUCCACGAUGAUCUCAGUUUGGAUAUAGCGUUCUGUUUAUGCAGGAAAACCCCGAAUCGCCACGACAGCUGCAUGAUUGCUCAGGAAAAAUUGCAUCCGGCUUGCGCUCAGAGGCCUCCGGAGAAUCUCAGCCCGCAGGAAUCGAAUGGAGCCUUGUUCAGUCCGCCCCCGUCUUGCCAUGCGGUAGCUGAAAUGUGUCGACAGGACGAUGACUGCCGCUCCCGGUUGGAGGUCUUCGAACAGUCAUGUGCCGUGGAUAGUGUAACGAAAAAGUGUGCCGGCAAAACCAGUGCUUGCAGGCAAGCCAUGCUGGGAAUUCUGGGAACACCUCUUCGGACGAACUGCGCCUGUCAGGGGUCGGAGGUGCAACAGCUGUACGACUGUCUCGGUUGGCAGCGGCUACUCUGGCUGAAUCCUUGUGUCGUUGAAUCCCAAAAAGAUUUUCACUUAAAGCGUCUAGCUGAGCUAGGUUUGUUGACGACGACCACUACUCCUACGACGACAACAAUGCGCACAACUCGCACUACACAAGCUCCAACUCCACCGCCAACGAAACCGAAACCAGUCUACCGUCCGAAGCCAACCGUACCACAACCGAUCGAGACCAACUACAUUGAAACCCCGGAUACCCGUCCGGAAACCCUGGUGCACAAAGGCAAUGAACUGAUUGUACGAACCGAUCUGGACCUUCAUCCCACGGAGCUGGAACCCAGGGGGAAGGGCUCCCAUUCUUUCUCGGAAAAGGAUCAUCAAGAAGAAGAUCAAGAGGAAGAUGAUCAUUAUCGGCACUCGAAUGGCAACAACCGGAUACCCCACCAACGCCCCGAUGAACAGGUGCUGCAGAUGCUAACUACAGAGGUUGAAAUCGAAACGCUUCCUCCGACAACUACAACAACGACUACGCCGGAACCUACGACUACGCCGGUGCCGAUUCGGUACUGCGUCGUUCAACGUUCACAACAGUCUGAUCAGCACAUAGCGGAGGGAAAAAGUCGAAGGCUAUACAUGCUGGACGAUGCCGAGUGCAGCGAGCUGUGCACCUGCGGGGCAGGAGAAACACUAUCGCUGUCUUGUCACGCACUAUGCGUACCUCUGGCGCCGUGUCGGACAUCGCUGGCAUACUACAGUCACGCUGCUCCAGCUUAUCAAGCCUAUCGGGGGCGUUGUCUAUGCUACUCGGGCAGGUUUAUAUGUAUGCGACCACCCCCUGGCGAGUAUUCGCUACCAGGUGGAAUUUUUCUGUUACUAGGUUAUAGUUCAACCGACGAAGCACUGUUAAGACCGCACACUAAUUUAGGAGUUCAAGACGCUGUUAGAGCGUUGCAGCAGUAUGUGCAGCAGCAUAUAAAUAAUGAGACCUCUUGUAUAUUGACAUUAUUCAACAUCACCGAUGAAAAUAUCAUCCUAUCGAUAAGACUACCCCCGGACUCCAAACUAUCCAACCUGGAGUUACUUAGGCUAGAGAAGGACCAUUGUACAAAGAUCCUUGAAACCAUCAGUCAUCAAAUCAACCACCAGCACGUCGAGAUGUCCGCCCACCGUUUGCUGAGCAUCUUCAAAAUGGCCGAAGUGCAGGUUGUUUGGCCGGAAGUGAGCCGAGCCACCAUCAGCAGCACAAAAGGGCCACAUUUAGUUACUUUCCUGUUGGCGCUCAGCGCUCCAUCGGUCAUCCCCUUUGUCCGAUGGGGGCAACUGUCAUUCUUCCGGAGGAGCGUCACGUGACGUUAGGUUUCGUCAUUGGUCAUCGUCGUCGUCAUCGUCAUCAUAGGCUACUGUAAUCUCACGUCCAAACCGCGCCUGUGUGUAUGUAAGUAGACGCGCUCUGUUAAUUCCUCAUCAACAAGAGACAAACAUCUGAUGACAAAUUGAUACGCUUCGUUACUUCGGCUUCAUCCCAAGAUACGCUCUGAUCUACAAUAAUCUACACAGCAUCUACUUGACAUCGUUAUACAAUGACCAUGUUUUACUAUGUAAAAAGAAUCCCAAAUCAUCCCCACAAAGUCAUGCUAUACUCUACGGAAACAUGUUGAUCCAUUGAACUGUUACACACUAUUGCGCCCUCACUAGUCAUACAAUACAUAGGUUUUAGAGAAGAAAUGGUUUGCUAUAAGAUAGAGGAAAAUAUUGUUCAGAACAAAACAAAGGGAAACAGUUACGUUUUUUACUUGAAAUAAGAACCGCAAAGUGUGAGAACUAAUGUAAAAAGUUGCGCGUUGGAAGUUUCAUUCUUUUCGAAAUGUCGUUUUUUGAGUGCUUUAGGGGCGAAUGGGCAUCGGUGUGAGUGAGUUGACUGUACCGUAGACAAUGUGUUCUAGAAAAAAAAAAACUAAAUAAAGACAACAAACAAAAGCAAAUCAGACAGGUAGCAUAGCUCGGUGGCGUUGGUGUGCGGUAAACCUGGUAAUCGUAAUGUAGCGUAAUGAAUAUUUAAUUUGUGUUCGUUGUUAGUUGUGGGUAGUUAGAGAAUUUCCCUGCUGGGGAGGUCGCGAAGCGAGAUGACGAUGACAUACGGCUACUGGCAGUGUAGAGUUCGUAUAUCUCACUUCCAACGGCUUCCUUCGGCUGCUAUCGCAUACUCAUUUGAACAGCUGGGAGAACUAAACUGAAAAAAAAAACAACUCUAAAAUUGGAUCAGAAUAGACUGACUGAGUGUGGUGGUGAGAGGUUUGUUGGAGAUUUCCCUAGAGUGAGCGAUGGAAACAGGAAUUGGUUGUGAACAAUGCGAAUGGUUGAUGCAAUGUAAUGGGACAGUUUGAAGUUUUGACGGACAAGUGCUUUAAUCGGUCUAUAGGUAAUAAUCAGAAUUGGUAAACUAACACAAUGUUGGUGUAGGAAAGAAUGCUUGACAUAAGGUAGUCUGAUUUGAUUGGAAGGGCAAAGAGUUGAGUACCGUUAACACAUGGAAAAUCCACUUAUGUGCUACGUGCACUCCCCAUCCCAAUUGUGUACGUUUCCAUCUCAAUCAAUUCGAAUCUGAAUUUUUCAUCAGCUGAGAGCUAUCCCUCAUCUCACAACAUCCAACGGCUUCGGAACCUUUUUCGCAAGAAGCAGGGCACAACGCUUGACGAGUCCCGGACCAAACGGGGAUCGGAAGCGAAGUGCAUUGGUAAUGAAAUUCAAAUAAAACCGGAACCGGCAAACCAUACUUGUAUUCGGUGCUUUUCUGGCUCAAUACAAGCCAGGGCUAGGGGUUUACGAGAGAAG